ACGAACUUCUCGGCAUAGUUUCUGCAAACAUAAGAGUACCAUUUGACGCAAACGAAGUUAUCAAUCGUAUUGUGGACGGAUCGAGGUUUACAGCAUUUAAGCCCUUAUAUGGACCUAACAUCAUCGUCGGUUGGGCAUUCAUUCAUGGUUUCCAAGUAGGCAUAAUUGCGACGAACAAUGUAAUCUUCACUCAAGAAGCAAACAAGACCACCCAAUUUAUUCGCUUAUGCAAUAUGAUGUCCACACCACUUCUCUUCCUACAAAACACCACCGGGUUUAUGGUGGGAAAGAAAUACGAAGAAGAAGGUAUAAUCAAAGCUGGUUCACAUUUUGUUAAUGCUGUGAGUAACAGUCAGGUACCGGCUAUUACAAUUAUGAUGGGUGCUUCUUACGGUGCUGGAAAUUAUGCUAUGUGUGGUAGAGCUUAUAAUCCGAGAUUCCUAUUUUCAUGGCCAAAUAGCAAAUGUUCGGUCAUGGGUCCAGACCAACUAACCGGAGUCAUGGAUAUAAUUGCAAGAGAGUCUGCUGCCAGAGAUGGAAAGAAGAUAAAUGAAGAGGUAGCACAGACAAGAAAAAAUAAGUUGGCAGCUGUAGCAGAGAAAGAAUCCGAUGUGUAUUGGACCACAUCAAGAGUGUUAGAUGAUGGUGUCAUAGAUCCAAGAAUGACAAGAAUAAUUGUUGGAUUUUGUUUGAGCGUAAUUUAUAAUGGAAAAGUUGAAGGUGGUCCUUUAGGUGGUGUUAGUAGAAUGUGA